AAAACCAGCAGCAGCAUCACAUCAUCAUAGAGCUAAAGAAAGAACUGCAUAGCCUCAUUCUUGUAAUCUUCGCGGCUUGAAUCACACGUGUGUUUACGUCCACGUUUUUUGAGAUGCGUCUAUCGUACGUACGUAGUAUUUUUUUUGACGUGUUUUGGCGGAAUUCUUGAUUUUUAAAUUUGUACUUGAAAUUUUGUGAAUUACGAAUUUUUUUAAUGUGUUGUGCUUAUGUGUGUGAAUAUGGUGUUGUGGUGUAUUUAAAAUUGUUUUUAUGUAAAUGUUUCGCCCUCGAUUGAUUUUUUUUGUCGCGUUAGUGGUGUUUUUAAGUGAACUCCAGUGACCUCUGGAUAAUACGAGCAGACAGAGCUGUGGUCGACAAAUUUUUCAUCGUGAUAGAAAAAAGGCUAACGCUGCAGUCGACCUUGCGGUAUUCGUAAUUUGUAAUUAAUACGCGAACUCAUCGUUACUCGUACUUAGUGCCUUCUUUAACGCGACAAUCAUCACCGUUGAAUAAUACUUAUUGGAUAAGCGAUUUUAUUAUUUGUGGUGUUGUUACUUACGUGUGUGUAAUGUGCUGUAUAGUAUUGUGAUGGUGCGAGAAUUUUUUUACGCUGUCGUUAACGAAAUCUAGAUAUUUGUUAUCGUAUGGAUCAGACUUGAGGAGUUUUAAAACAAGAUCCGAACGAGAAUGCUCAUUGGCUUACGUCGAAUAAGAUGACGAACGACGCAGACACGUCGUUAUAAUCGGAAAAACGUCGAGCGAGAAUAAAUCGUGUACCCUUCGAUUGGAUUUUUUAAAUGAUCGAAGGGCGAAUGAACGGUGUAGCUGAGGCGCACCAUGCGCAGGCCAUGUUCGGGUUCCCGUACGGGAUGAGCGCACCGUACCCGAGUUACGGACGUCAAUUGCCGCCCGAUAUAAAAGUUACCAAUCCCGGGUACCAUGGUUCUUACGUCAGCGCUGACCAUCAAAUCCCCAUGAACCUUGCGCAAAAGGACCUGCCACCCCAUUCGAACGGCUACUAUCCUCACCGCAGUGUAGCAGCGCCGCCGCCAUCGCCGUUCGCUACGUUCUUAUCGUAUCCUUCGUUGAUGGGUGGACCGUAUACGCCAAAUCAUCAGGUCCAUUUUACACCGACGCCGACGCCGCAUCGACCCGCGUACACAACGGCUUCUUCGACUCCCAUUAUACCGAUCUCGAGGCCGAGCGCCGAAUCGUCACCUAUCGAGGUGAAAACCUCGUCCGCUUCGGCCAGCGGCGAAAACCACGAUUUCAAAAGACCGGACGAGAACAAUAGUAGGCUAUACAAGAGCAAGCCGAGAAAACGACCGGUUCAUGUUCAAACUCCGGCUCCGAUUCCUGUACCGACCUCUAUUGCCACCACUCAUGUGGCACCACCAAUUGACCGAGUGCCGCAGCAACAACCGGUACAAUCGCCAUCUCAGCAUUUGAAGUCUCCUUUACGACCGACUCUGAAUGUAAACGCCAUAUUGUCGGAAAUAGACACCUUUUGCAAGGAUCGGUUGAUGUACUUUGGAGACGAUAACAUGAAAGCCGAUGUGUCCGAAGAUGAGUACUACCUGUUGCGGAAUCGAAGGAAGCUAAUACCAAUACAAGAUAUUACCCUGGAGGAUUUCAGGGAAGUGACCAAAAAUACCGAGAACGAUUUGAUCGCCGUCACGGUGAAAAGUAUUGCGGAAAAACGAGAUUCCGGUACUGUCCUGUACGGACUUGCUCAUCCUAAUCAAGAGGAAGUGGGUGUACUUGAGGUGGAAGCGGAACGACCAUUGUUCUCGUUAAUAGGUCGAUGCUGGAAGAGUUACCUUCCAGAUCGGACGAAAGAACGAUGCAAGGGGCUGCAUUGCGAUAAAAUCAGCGAAGGGGACGUUGUCCUGAUCAUGUCCCCCAAGGACAGGGACAGAAAACGCGCCUCGGCUUCCUCCCGUAUCGAAUCAAUACCGCCGUCGAAAAAUCGUUUCCAAAAAGCUACUGAUCUCAAGAAAAAUCAUACCAAUGAUUCGUCGUAUCACGAGUAUAACAACAACAACAAUGUUUCGAUAGCUGCGGCUGCGGCUACCGUCGCAGCCGAUAGAAAUGCGGCGAAGAGGCCGCCAUUCAACGAGAACGAUUCGAAUAACAACAGCGAAUCGGCGGCGGCUACCGCCAAACGCAAGAAAUCCGCCGAAGAAGCGAAUAAAAGGAGGUAUUCGGAUUCGUAUCUGGAGAAGAAGUUCUGAUGGACGACUGGUUCUUCGUCUUUAAAUAUUAGCCAGACUGUUACAAUGAUCGACAAGCGAAUGAUAAAUGACGUGCAAUGAUGGAUGACUCUUCGGAGGAGAUUCGUUGAUUAUACUUAUCUCAGUAUGGAAAUACGAGUAGAUUUAUAAAGUUAUCGUAUUUUUGUGAUAUUAAUUUUAUUACGGAAUAUAAAAUUAUCAUUUCGAUAACGCGAAUUUUAAAAUGAAAUAAUAAAAACAAAAAAAAAACACGAUUACAUGAUUGCAUUUAUAAGUACUACUACGAAUAUCAUGCUCCUACACGAGUAAUAAUUAUGUUUUUUUUUAAAUGUUUUAUUUUUCUUUCUUUUUUUUUAUUCAUCAUCAUCUAUUUCCACUAAACUUAUUCACCUUGUCAACGAUCAUUAGUUUUAUUGUUCGAACACAUUGAUAAUAAUUUUAAAGAAGAAAAAAAAAUUCUCCGAUUAUUAUAAAUUAAUGACUGACGAUGACGACGAAUUCUCGUUAUAAAAAGAAUGAUCAUUUUAAUUAUUUAUUAUUUUAUUUUUACGUUUUUUUUUCUUCUUCACUAGAUUACUCGCGUAUUUUAAUUAUUACUAUCGCCAUACUCGAAGUGUGAUAAAUGAUAAGUUAUUAUUUUGUUCCUGGUGAUAACAAGUUGUGAAAACAAAAAAAGAAAAAAAAUAAUUGAAGAAUGAUAUCGAUUCGGACGACACAAUUUUUAUAAAUAGUCGAUUGCUGUGAUUUUGAUCUCAAAGGUGCAGCUUUUUUUUUAGAAGGUAGGGGGAAUUGAAAAAUUGGGGUAAGAUGAUCUCAUAUUUAGUCUACGAAACGAACAAAAUGUUUUAAAAAAAAACUAAUGAUCGUUGAUAUCGAGAAGUGUUUUUGGAUCACCGGAGAUGUUUUAUUUUUCUGUGUGCCAAAUACUCAUGUGUAUCGCCAUUAUUUUAUAUAACUUGAAAAUACGAUCUCCCCUCUUGCCCAUUACCUUAUGUUCUCCGGGCAGGAGUUUCGAUGGCUAAAAAUUUCGGCUGAAAAUCGAAAUAGGGAUACGUUGAAUUUUAUUAUAUUAUUUUUUAUCGUUUAGUUUUUUCUAUUAUUUUAAAAGCGGAUGAUUAUCGUGUUAUCCGGUUAAUUCGUUGACUGUUCAAAUUAAAUAUUUUUUUUGAUCUCGUAAUGUUAGUUACGUGUUUUUAAUUUUGAAGAAAUAAUGUAAAUGUUUCUUUUCUUUUUUUUUCAUUGUUUUAGAAGUUUUCUUUUUCUUUUUUCUUUUUUAAUUUAUAAACAAAAAUUCAUGCAUUUAUUAUUCGAUUACCUAUAUCUUACCUAUACCUAUACAUAUUUUUGUGGAGAAAUUUUUACGAGUUUUUAAUAAAAAAUGAAAAAAGUUGAAAGCUUUUUGAGAAAAUGUUUUUUUGGCGUGAUGAAAUUUGUUGUAAAAAAUGUAACAAAUACAAAUAUGUUCUUUACACAAAGUGUAAGGAUUUGUAUUUAUAAUUUUUUUUCUUUUUUUUUAUUUGCUCCUUUUUUUUAUAUGUGGUUUUUUUCUCUUGUAGUAUAUAUAUAUGUUGCUUAUUAUUAUGUAUACGUGAUUUUUAAAUGUACAACGAAGUUUAUCUGAAAGAGGUGGUUUUGAAUGGUGCUAUUUUUUUUCUAUUUUUCGAAAACAGCGCCAGAGAAGUGAUACGAGUUUUCGAGUAUUGUUUUUUAAAAAAAUUUCUACGGAAAAGGCAUUAAUUUUUUCGAAUUUUUGGAGAGUGAUAUUUUAUCUGUGUCGUUUGUUUCUUUCGAAUUUGAUACAUUUAUUUUAUGUAGAGUACGAUGGAAUUGUUUGUGUUUAAGAAUGUAAACCGUUCAAUAAAAUACUUAUGUGGUUUUA